CUCUUCCUGUUCUCCACCAUGGCGCAGGAUCAAGGUGAAAAGGAGAACCCCAUGCGGGAACUUCGGAUCCGCAAGCUCUGCCUUAACAUUUGUGUCGGAGAGAGUGGAGACAGAUUGACCAGGGCAGCCAAGGUACUGGAGCAGCUCACGGGCCAGACUCCUGUAUUCUCCAAAGCUAGAUACACUGUCAGGUCCUUUGGCAUCAGGAGAAACGAAAAGAUUGCUGUCCACUGCACAGUCCGUGGGGCCAAGGCAGAAGAAAUCCUGGAGAAAGGUCUAAAGGUGCGAGAGUAUGAAUUAAGGAAAAAUAACUUCUCCGAUACUGGAAACUUUGGUUUUGGGAUCCAGGAGCACAUCGAUCUGGGCAUCAAAUAUGACCCAAGCAUUGGUAUCUAUGGCCUGGACUUCUAUGUGGUGCUGGGUAGGCCAGGUUUCAGCAUCGCAGACAAGAAGCGCAGGACAGGCUGCAUUGGGGCCAAACACAGAAUCAGCAAAGAGGAGGCCAUGCGCUGGUUCCAGCAGAAGUAUGAUGGGAUCAUCCUUCCUGGCAAGUAAAUUCCCGUUUCUGUCCAAAAGGCCAAUAAAAUGUUUUCA